ACGCCUGUUUACAAUUUAUAAUAGUAAACUUGUCUUACGCGACGUUAUCACUUCAGUUGGUGAAAGUGUACGCGAUAGACGGUCUAGUGUUUGAUUUUCGUGUCAAUUUCACAUUAAAAAUAUGGACAAAAAUAGGGUAUGUCCCCUCCUUUAUCUUUGAAAAUGGUCACGUUACUAAGUAAAAAAGGCUCGCUAUGUUGGAGCUCAAGCACCUCAGUUUAAUACCUACGUUACUUUAAAGCUGCAAAAUGUUAAAUCAACUACUGUAACCGUCAAAGGAGCGACACCAUGCUGGGAACAAGAUUUUUUGUUCGAAACCAACGAUGUCAACACCGGUUUAUUGAUAGAAGUUUGGAGCAAGGGAAUGAUUUGGGACCGCGCUAUGGGAUACAAUUGGGUUCCGCUGCAGACUGUACAAUAUGCAAACGAGGAGGGCAGCGGACAAUGGUUAUCACUAGAUGCAGAAUUAGUAAUGAGAGAUGGAGAAGUUGUGGGCACGAAGGGUCCCACGGGACAUUCCAUCUUGGUGGACUGCCGCUUCGAACUUCCGUUCGAUCCGGAAAACGCGGAGGCGGGAGAGUUACAGCGAAAAUUAGAGAUGUUAAACAAUAUAAUGGAUCAGGAAGCUCGUGCGGAACAAGCCCGAAGACAAAUGCAGUAUUUCGGACAUUCACGAUCCACUUCUAAUCAGUUUGAAAAUGACAUUUCAGCGGGGUAUUCGGAAGAUAGCGACUACACAUCUGAUUUGAACUACCCCGUAGGUCAACAUCCGAAUUCGUCCGCUUCGCAGUUUCGAACAGCUGCGCAUCAGAUGCAUACCCCGCAACGCUCACUCGAAACCUCACGUGAAAAUUCCUACGAACGGGACGACAUCCCCGGCCAACAGCAGCAUCAUCUGCCGGCUCCCUACGCGCACCAGCAACACCUUAGUCCUGGAACCUACCAACGUUAUAACAGUUCAUCCAAUCAGCGAUACUCUCCCAAUAACACCGACGAAUAUGGCUACUCUUCAACUGUCCAAACGAACUCUAUGCAGCAACAGGAUUACAAUAUGGAUUCCGACCCUCUUUUUUACAAUAGCCGCCCUCCAAGUUACUACAAACAGGACUACUCAAGACGACGAAAAUUUACUGGAGACCAUGAAAAACAUAGCGAGAAUACAUGGGCCGGGUGCAACAACUACAACUACAGUAAACAAAACCAAGAUGUAGAUUACAUUGAAGAUUCUUACUAUGUAACGUCGUCUCCGCGAAAAAGUAAAACGGGAAGGCGGCCCAGUUUAGAACGGCAACCUACACUGUACGAUGAAUCCAGCUUAUAUUCCUCAAGUUUCUGUUCCAAAGAUAAAAAUAGUCACAUUGUAUCCUACGUUCAAGCCAAUUCGCAAUCCUUUAACCAAAGCUACGACGAGUACUACGAUGCGUCGUCGUAUAUAUCCCAAGACGAUAGAUACGGUCAAGAUCAGGAGGAUAGGCAGUGGGACUCCGGGGGAUAUACGAAGAAAGGCACAUCCAAAAGGUUACCUGCGGUACCGGUCGUUCAAAAUUAUUUAAACAAAAAACGAUCCUCAAUCAUAGCUCAAGAAAUAUAUCAAAGUAGUGAUGGUUACUUAAGUUCGCCGACGCCGAAAACGCGUCGACGUAUGCCACAAAUACCAAACAAACGUAGCGCCAGUAGACAGAGUUCAGUUAACGAUACCGAAGCAUACGAUGGUUAUUGUACCCCUGAAAAUACUUCUCACAGAGGAGCUAGUUUACCUCCAACUCCUACAAAAACACCUAAAGUGUUAGCUCGUAUAGCGGCGAACACGAAGAGUUUACCUCCGACUCCCGGACGUAGGCUUCCUCAACCAAAUCUUAAUCACCGCAGUGCCAAGAGUAAAAGGAAUAAUUUAAUGAAGCGUACAAAUUCCGCGGAUUACGCAGAUUAUUCGAAUGAGGACGUUUACGAUAACGCAUACAUUCGACAAGGUGCAAUAAGCGCUAGGGAGGUUUAUAAUGAGGAUUACAAUUACGCAUAUCAAAGUAUAGAUAAUCUUACUGCUCAUCAGCAGGAAGAACUAAACGUAACUUCUGCCAUUGAUAGUGAUUAUAGUAGAACUAGUGUAGCCGUUACAGUUAGUCAAAACGAUACGUUUGGCGCGUAUCAGCAAUCUACCGAAGAGUAUUAUUUUAGUGCUCAAGAUGAACGCGAUUACCCCGCGGAAGACUAUUACGAAAUAAAACCAAAAGACACUAAACGAAAGUUACUGCGCGGUCGCGUUAAAAGUCCCCUUGUUCAGCAAAAUACGGAUAGCUUAGAGUCUCGCGAUGAUGAACUCAAAGAUUCAUUCGAAACGGCUGUGUCUUCGGUUAGUAGUUCGAUGCAACAGCCACGUCGUGUACCGCAAAUUCCCGAUACGUACACGACACCCGAAAUUGUCGUCAACAGCACAACCUCCAUGGUAUCGCCAGAUUCCGUGGAUAUUCCCAUUAUAACAACCAGUGUCAACGUGCAAUACUGCAGGGACCAAACAGAACCAGUCAAAGCAAUAUCAACAAUAACCAGUACAAAUACUACAGUACCAGAUGUAACUAUAACAGAACCAAAUAGCACACUACCUUUUAAAAAUGGCACUUCUAGAGGCUACUUAGUACAGCAAGAUACAAUAGAAUCCAAUUACCUCCAGUACCAGGAAUCCAUAGACGACGAUAUUAGUUUUAAUAUAAACAAUCGGCUAGAAAUUGAGUAUCCAGAGAAGAUAACCGAAGAGCCGUACUUAGAGCAACAGGACUCGAUUGAAAGUUACAUCGAGGAAGAUAUCCACGAUAUUUCGGCCGAUUACACGAAAGCAAUAAAUAGAGACUCCCCUGCAUCUGUGAUACACAUAACUGACGACGACGGUAGUCUGCGUAGAGGCUCCUCUCAAAUUACUGUCGUCGAUCCCUUCCAUCCGUCACUUCAGCAACGCCCGCUAGAACCGUACGUUCCUAUUAGCACGAGAAGGCCCUCCGUCGACCCGUACAGAGCGUCGUCCCCGAUCAGACGCACCUCGGGCGACGCCCUGUCCUUGCUGAAAACUGGCGAAGACGUUUAUAGCCAGCAGCGAAAGAACUCGAUCGAUCCUUACCAGCAAGGGGCACCGCGUCGCGCGUCCGUUAGGCGCUCUCCCGUUCCUCUCGAGUACGAGGAGCACGAAGAUGCCGAGAUUCCUCUUGAGGAUGAGGAAUUGGAUAGUAAACACGAUUACUUAAAGGAGGAUAUCGAGGUGAAACCGGCAAGACCUCAGGUAACGGCGCAGCAGAGAUGGCACUGGGCGUACAAUAAGAUCAUCAUGCAGCUAAAC